AUGGUGGUGGUGGCGGACCUGACGAAGCAGAACAGCUGGGCUCAGGUCCUAACCGUUGCCCAGAUUUGCCCGACACGCCUCUAUGUGCACGCCCUCUACAUCUGGGGGUCGACGCUGGAGCUCUGGGUAUCUGACCGGGCGGGGAUGUACUGCGCCGACACCUUCGACAUCCAUACGAAUCCUGUCCGAUGCACCGGUCUCGUUCUCGGCUACACACUCAUGGAUUUCGAGGCUCUGGGGGCCGUUCACAUCACCCAGACUACCAGAACGGGCCGCACAAGAACCGGUGGCUUCAAGUCGCAAACGGAGUCAGCCGGCAAGGAUGAUGGCAUCAGCCAUCGUGUGCUUUGCUUCCAUGUCCUAUCCCCCCUCGGCCGUCGUCUCUUCACCUUCCAGACGCGGGAGGAACUUCUCCAAUCCGUUCGGGACGCCAUCAAAGGCCACAGGUCCCUCCUACAGGACGCUCAGAUCCUCCACCGGGACGUUUCCGAAGAUAAAAUUGUCAUUGUCGACGAUAUUUCGGAGAAUAGCCCUAAGGGUAUUCUGAUCGAUCUCGAUUCGGCGCUGGACUUGGAGGCUGGGCCCAACCGCCGACAGAUCACAGGCACCCGCGCCUUCAUGUCGAUCGGCAUCCUCAGGGAGCGACCUCACACCUAUCGCCACGACCUGUAG